AUGGAAUUAAAUCCAUUAAACAAGCCAAAACGUAAAAGAACUGUUAACAAAGCAGUAUUCAAUUCUCGAGAUUCUGGAAUAUUUCAAAAAAAAAUGGCUGCUCCAUCUGUUUCCGCAUUCAAGCCAUUACCAGAAUGGCCUGAUUGUAGAAUGCUUCAUUUUUGGCAAUGGACAAAAGAAAAAAGAAAAAGAUUAAGAAUAGCUGGCAAAGAAUACAUAAAUGCCAAAGGUGAGGUUGUCCCCGAAAAGCAACCCGGUCCAGAUUGUAAAUGCAGGAGAAGAUGUUAUGAAAAAGUUUCAAAAGCUGUUCGAAUGAAACUAUUUAAAGGAUAUUAUGCUUUGCAAAGCCAUGAUGAACAAAAUGCAUAUUUAUUCGGUUUAAUAAGAAAAGUACCUAUUGCAAGGAAAAGAGCUGAAGGGAGUACAAGACGAACUUGUACAUUUAAUUAUUAUAUUAGAGUUGGUGGACAAGAAACCCAGGUAUGUGUAAAAGCACUGGCUAACAUUCACGGUGUUGGAAAAUCAAAAAUUCACAUUCUCUGCGAAAAACUCGGUCAGAGUGUUUUAUUUCCCAGGGACGAAAGAGGCAGACAUAGUAAAAUGCCGAAAAAAGUUUCCGAUGAAACGGUAGAAUUAGUCAAAAAUCAUAUUUAUAGCAUACUGCACACAGAUAAAGCUAGAGAUUUUUUAAAGGAUGAAAAAGCGAAUAAUGGUCCAGAUGUUAACAUAACUCAAAUGCAUAAAGAUUUUUUAGAUUUGUACGAUCCAGAGUAUCAGGAAGAACUAACUACUCACGAACAGCAAUCAUUUCAACAAUCUAAUUUCGAAGUCCACGAUAAUGAAUUCAGGCAACACUUGGGAUUUAAUGAUAAUAAUCCUUUGGCAAACCCUGACAUUCCGAUACUUCCUCCAACGACGAAGAAAAAAAGAAAAUUGAUGAAAGAUGGUAGACCAGAGCCUUUAAUACGUCAAUGGUAUUAUAGUAAAAUAUUUCACGAUUUAUAUACAACAAAAGAAGCAAUAGCAUUAAGGAAAAAAAUUAUAGGAUGGAAAUGUUCGGAAGACUUUGCCAUUCAAAAAAGAGCUCGAAAGCAAAGGCAACCCAAAAAAUUGGGUGCGGAAAAUCAGCAAGGACGACAAACGAAUCAACAACAGUUACAAAGACUGACUAAAUCCACGAAUACGGGAAAUCCAAAUCAAUCCAUCACGAUAGCAACAUCACCGGCUUUACAGACAAACAAAAUAGUUCACGAAGUUCAAAUACAAAACAUACCGAUAAAGAAAAAACCGGUUCAGGUAUUUCAAGCUACUCAAGGUCAAGAUAUGUAUAGCAUAUACCCGAUGACGAUACUCCAGGAUUUGGCACAAAUAGAUACCACUCAAGCCGUUAACCUGACACACGCUCAACCUAUUCAACAAGCUCAAAUUCGUACAAUAGCUCCUACACACUUUCAAGCCACCGUGGCUCAACCCCUGUGUUCGACAAACGGAAUGACCAUUUCGACGGGAAAUCUUCAAGCACUUGGAGUUAACAUAACACUUCCACAAAAUGGCAAUCAUUACACGACGAGUCACGGAGUCAUGAGUUACAAAUUUGAAUAA